UUCUCUGUUGUAAAUACACGGUUGUUUUGAGAGCAUGUUGGAUACAGCAGCACAGAGGAAACACCGUGAGGAAACAUGACGGUGCAAAAAAGAGACAGCGACACAAAGGGAGCUGCCACAACAGGCAACAGACAGGAGGGCCCUGGUGGAGUGUGGGACUCUGUGAAGAAAGCUGCGGUUGUCAUCGGAUCUGGAAUCUUAUUCUUGGCUGCAUUCGGCAACUCGCUGACAUGGCAUCUUCAGAAAUUCUGGGGAGCUUCAGGAGAUUUCUGGCAGAACUUGUGGACGAAGCUGCAUGUUUCGUUUGAGGGUCAUGAUACUACUCUGUUCUACCUGGGGACAAUGUUGGUCCCCACUCUGGUGUUCUGGGGGACGAAUGCUCUGCUGCUGUUGGUAGACACCACUGGUAAACCCUCCUUCAUUACCCGCUACCGUAUCCAGAUGGACAGGAAUAACCCGGUGGAUCCAGUUAAAGUUGCCCAUGUGAUGAAGACAGUCAUCUUCAACUACGUGUUUAUCUCGGGGCCCAUGGUUGUGGCCGCUCACUACCUGAUGAACUUGAGAGGAAACCCCUGUGGACCCGAGCUGCCCACCUUCCACUGGGCCCUGAUGGAGAUGUCUUUCUUUGCCAUCUUGGAGGAAAUUAUGUUUUACUACUCACACAGGCUGUUCCACCAACCCGGCCUCUACAAGCAGUACCACAAACAGCACCAUGAGUGGACCGCUCCCAUUGGAAUCGUCUGCAUCUAUGCUCAUCCUCUGGAACAUAUGAUCUCCAACAUGCUGCCAGUGGCAAUUGGGCCGGUGAUCCUGGGUUCCCAUCUGUCCACCACCUGCCUGUGGUACUGCCUGGCUCUGGUCAGCACCACCAUCUCCCACUGUGGAUACCACCUCCCCUUCCUGCCCUCUCCCGAGUUCCACGACUUCCACCACCUCAGGUUCAACCAGUGUUUCGGGGUCCUCGGCGUGUUGGAUCGGCUCCACGGCACCGACGCCAAAUUUAGGCAGACCAAGCACUAUGAGCGCCACAUCCUGCUCACCAGCCUCACUCCUCUGAACGAGAGCAACCCUGACACACCCAAGAAGGGCCUUUGAUGGCCUGUGACUCCCCCUGAACCUCAGGCCUUGCCAAGUUUAGAAUCAUGAUAUGAGAAGAUUCCCAAUCUUACAUGACUAUUGCUUUUUUUAAUCCAGAAAACCUGUUGAUCAGUUUCAGAUCAUGAAUGUCUGCUGCUACUCUGGGCCAAUUUAUUUUUCCUAGUAAAAAUGUUGCACUUUAUUGCAAGAAGAUCCUUGAUAAGGUAGAUGUAAGAAUUUGGUGGUUAAUGAGUGUGAAAACUAAUCACUGUUAUACUCCGUUUUCCAAAACAUGAGCGUCCAGCUUGUUUCAGGUUUGUUUUCUGGUGCUAAUUCAGAUGACAUUUUUACUUGUAUUGUCACCACCUUGUUAACCUAAUUACGUGUUCUUACUUUUCUUCAUGAGCUUUAAUAUUAGCAGAGUCCAUUAUAAUUACAUGCACAUUAAUCUUAAAUCAACGAUUCAUUCUUAUAAGUACAUUUUAUAUUUUGUUUAGUAACAGCACUUCCAGCUCACCAGUCCAGACUCUUUUGAUGCAUUUACUUGCUGCUCAGACAGAACAUAUAUUUCCGUUGCAUCAAAACAUAUCCUUGGAUGUAAAAUGUGUCUUUAUGUAUUACAGGAGGCCUCAGUAAUAAUUGUAUAAGACAUGAAUCCUGGUGAAGAGAUUUUCUACUGUGAUGAUACAAUGUUGAUAUUUCAACUGGACUGUUUAAUAUUAAAGAAUUAUUGUCAACAUCAA